AGCUCAAAGUACAGCAGUUCAAAGCGCGACUAUGAACGCGAUCGUUCCUCCAAUUAUCGCGAUCGUGACAUCUCACCUGGCGGCGGCGGUGCCGGCGGCGGUGGAGGUGGUGGUGGUGGCGGCGGAGGCGGAGGCGGCGGCGGUGGUCCAUUGAAUAAUGGCAAUAGCUAUCGUUCACAAUCGCCGGAUAUAGAUUCACCAUCAUCACGCUCGCAUGAUCUCCGCGAACGCAGCGAUCAUCGCAGUGGUGGAGGAGGCGGCGGAGGUGGCGGCGGCGGAGGCAGUAACGAACGCUACAGUUACAUACAAAAGAUGCGUGAAAGGGAUCGCGAUCUUUACAAAAAGGACAAAUAUUCCGAUAAACGUGAUCGGCGCGGCAAUGAUCGCGACUCGGAGUCAUCGUAUCGCACGAAUCACGACAGGGAUCGUCGUGGCGGCGGUGCAAAGAUUUGCACAUCGCGUGAAAACGAUAAGCGUUCCGGCUCCGAUGAUCGGGAUCGUGAGCGCGAUCGUGAUUUGCGCGAUAAGCGUGACAGAGGCGCCGAUCGCGAUCGGGAUAUGUACAAGAAGGACAAAUAUGCAGACAAACGUGAACGCAGCGAUCGUGGCGAACGUGUGGCCCGCUAUGGCGACUGGAGCGAGCAUGUAAGCUCGUCCGGCAAAAUGUAUUACUACAACUGCAAAACUGAAGUCUCCCAGUGGGAGAAGCCUAAGGAAUGGGUAGAUAGAGAAAGAAAUCUGCCGCGUGAUCAACAUCGUGAGAAGGAUUACCGCGAUAAGGAUCGGGACCGAGACCGCGAUGAUCGCUUCUCAAGAUCGACAUACAAACAUUCCAAUUCAUCGCGCGACAAUUCACGACUGAGAUGGAAUUAUGACAACGAUGGCGGCCCGCCCAGCCAUCGAAGGCGAUUGGAUGGUCGACAUAACGAUAAUGCUGAUAUGGACAUCAGUGGCGACUCGACGCCCACCUCGGAGGCCAGUUAUUCGUUAAGCGGCACACCCACUACGCAUGGCGGCAGCGUGGGCGGCGUGAUGCAGUCUAGUGAACAGUCGUCUUUAAUGCCGCAGAGCGCAUUGACGGGCGGAUUGUGCAAUGCACUGCCAAGACUGGCCUCACAUCCAAAUAGCGGCACGCCCAUAAGUGCGCAUUAUGGUGCCAUCGGAGUGGGUGGCACUGGUGGCGGCGGCGGUGGUCCUGUUAGCGGCGCCAUAAUGUUGCCCACCAGCGGACUGGCCUCGGUGCCGUCCAACAUUGCCAACAGCAGCAACAGCAGCCUUAGAAACUCAGUUGGCUCAACGUCCAGCACGACUGUGCCGACGCUGGCGAAUCAGGAGCAUCAUCUGAACUCGAAUGCGCCCGGGCCGCCUGGCAAGCUGCUUGGUGCUGGUGGUAAGGAAUCGGCAACACUAAUGAUGCGACAGAAGCUACAUUUAGUCCUUAGCGGCAUCGAUGGGCCCCUUCAUCAUAUGUUGGUCGCCGGCGGUAACGUCAGCGGUGUGGGCCCAGCGGGCGCAGGCAGCGGCUCAGCAGUCGAUGUGAAUCAUGCCUACAAUUCGGUUAACAAUGCGACUGUUGGCAGCUUAAGCAGUUUAGGCAGUUUAAGGGACAGCAGCCAACUCAACUCACCACUGUGCAUGCCGCAUGCCCAUCAUAGUCUGUCGCCAUCGCUGAGCUAUACAAAGAGUCCCAUACCAACGAUCGUGAGUCACACGAACAAUGUGAAUGCUAGCAAUGCCUACACCUGCAAUGCACCGUUUGGCCUCAAGACGGUCGAUGGACUUGCCGUUGGCGUGGGCGUGGUGUCCUCCUCACCGGCGACAAAUGCGAUCGGCAAUAGCAAUGCUAUUACUGGUAAUAACAGCAGCAGCAGCUGUAACGUACCCGGCCUGGGCACUGUCAGCGGCAUCAGCGUCAUCACCUCCAUGGGCAGCAACAGUCUGUGCGGCAGUGCAGCAACACUUGGCGAGGGGCCGCCAACGCCAACGCAAGAAUUAGAUUUAAGUGGCUCAGCUUUAGAACAACACCAACAUCAACACCAACAGGUGGCUGCUGCGGCAGCCGCCGCCGCAGCAGCUAUGGCUGCGGUGCAAGCAACGCAACAGGCGGCGCAACAGGCCCAACAACAGCGCAAACUCGAUGGCAGCGGUUCGGCUACGCUAAGCACGCUUCAGAGCUGUGUGGCCUCUGUACAGGCGGCGAAUCUGCGCGGCCCGGAAAUUUCACCCAAGUUAGCUAAAUACUUUCGCGCUGAUUUAAUUGCGCACGUGACCAACUGGCAGGCGGAGGCAUUGGAGCGUCAGGCGCAAAAGUGUUGCGAGGACACGCAUCUAUUUGGGGACAUUACCUGCACACGGAUAUGCGCUGAAUUGAAGUGUGCGCGGAGUUUGGUGCGCAGCACGGAGAUCAAUGCGACGCUGCAAGAACAAAAAAUUAUGUAUCUGCGCCAGCAAAUUCGCCGUAUUGAGGAGUCGAAGACUCAGAACGCGUUCAUGUCGGACGAUACUUAGGAUCAGGAGCAAUUUAGGCUGCGCGUGCAUCGUAAGCUGUCUGUCAGGCUCAAAAAGAGCCCACUCUGGCGCAGCUGAUGAUGAUGAAAGCAAUGCCCACCACCCUUUAAAUCCAUGCAGAUGAGUUGAUGUUAAGUCUACUCAUCUGUGUUUGCUCAUUCCAAUGCAGAUUCCGCUAGAUGAAUCUGAUUUUGAGCCGGGCAGAGCUGGGCAUAUAAACACGUGCAUCCUACUUUGUUGGCGUUCUCGCUGACAGUGUUGGGCCCUGUGCUAGUGGCAGGCAACAGGUUCCAACACACCUAUGGUCGGCGAGCAGAAGAACAUCAGCACAAUGUUAGUAGCUGCAGCGCCAACAACAAAACGGAAAAGAAACCAACAUACAAACAAACAAACAAACAAACAAACAAACAAGAAACAUGAAGAGAAAAACACAAGAUACUAAAACAUAAUUUAUAAUUAGCAACGCGUAAAUAAUAACUUAAUAAGCAUGAAGCGCAGCGGAAAUGUUGAGCUUAUGUUGCCGUUAACCAAACACCAACAAACAAAUAACAACAACAAAAUUCAAUAACAAUCGAAACGUAGCGAAACUAAUUACAAACAAGAAAACAAAAAACUAAAAGAAAA